AUGUGGGGAGCGAGCUCGGGGUGGGAGGCUGAUGUGGAAAUGCUUCAAAGAACAAUAAAAGGUUUUUUCCCAAAGAUGGAAAAUUCAGUUGAAGAGAUGGAUACCUCUGAUACUCAGUGGGGCUGGUUUUAUUUGGCUGAAUGUGGUAAAUGGCAUAUGUUUCAGACUGAUUCAAACAGUCAUUGCUCUGUUAGCAGUGAAGAUAUUGAAAGGAGCUUCCGAACAAACCCACAUGGUUCUGUUUGUUUUACUACUGCAAAAUUUAACUACACGCUAGACUUUUCAGCGAUGAAACAAACCAACCUAACUACCCUUAAGCAACGUCCAAUAAAGCGAGCUCCCUUUUCUGUCAGUACUUUCAGUUUCAUCUGUGAAAAUGAGGCUAUUCCUAUGCCUUCACACUGGGAGAAUGUAAAUACCGAUGAGCCAUAUCAGCUUAUUCCAUUGCAAAAGAAAACAAAUGAAUAUAAUGAAGUUUCUAGUCUCUUUGGAAAAACAAUGGAUAGCCACCGAAUUAAAAGAAUUAAGAGAAUACAAAAUCUAGACUUGUGGGAGUUUUUUUGCAGGAAAAAAGCUCAACUAAAGAAGAAAAGAGGUGUUCCAACUAUUAAUGAGCAGAUGUUAUUUCAUGGCACCAGUAAUGAAUUUGUUGAAGCAAUAUGUAUUCAUAACUUUGACUGGAGAAUAAAUGGGAUACAUGCUGCUGUGUAUGGAAAAGGGACCUAUUUUGCAAGAGAUGCAUCAUAUUCCAGUCAUUUCUGCAAAGAGAACAUGAAGCAUGGAGAUACUUUUCAAAUUCAUGGUGUGAAUCUGCAGCCUCAUCUGCACAGACCAGAUAAAGUCAUGUUUCUUGCUCGUGUAUUAACUGGUGACUAUAUCAAUGGUGAUUCAAAAUACAUGAGGCCUCCUUCAAAAGAUGGAAGUUUUGUGAACUUGUACGACAGCUGUGUGGACAAUACCUGGAACCCAAAGAUCUUUGUUAUCUUUGAUGCCAACCAAAUCUACCCUGAGUAUUUAAUUGAAUUUUCUUGACUGCUGAACUGAAUGUUGUUUGUGUCUUUUUGAUGUCCUUUUUGUAAAGACAACUAUAAAAAACAGGAAGUGUGAGAGAGGUGAAAGAAAAGCUAGCAUAUGUUUAUGGAGAAGGGAGGCUAUUAAACAUUUGAGAUUGUUGAACUGUUUUUUAAGAUCUGUAAACUUUAUUAACGCAUUUUUUCAAAUAUAGAUGACCGUUACCAAUUUGAAAUUGCUUAGUGAGCCUUAAAGACGCUGGACAUGGGUGAUUUUUCAAAGGCAAGAUUUAUGUUCUGAUUUUUUUAAUAUAUUACAAGUAUUUAUUCAUGUGGUAGAAAUAUGCCUGUAAUGCAGUAUGCAUAUGAUGAAACUAAUCUUUUGUAAGGAUUGUCUGUAGAACAACAACAAAAAGAGGGGACUUCAGUGCAUAUUAUGUCUGUAUGUCUAUGUUCUGUAGUACACAUUGCAUUGUGUUUGGAAGUUUCUUAGUUUGGAUUCUAAACCUACAAAAAAAAUUACCUGGAGUAAACUGAUAAAGGAGCUAUAACAUUCACUGAAGCUGUUAACUGUUUAACUUUAGGUACGUUUUUUGAAAGCUUCAGUUAUAUACUUGCAAAGAUUACAAAACCCUUGCACUAGGAUUUGAACUUUGGUUUUGAUAGAAAUUAUGCCCAUAAGUUCUUGUGGUUGUUAAUUGUUUGGUACAUAACUGUUGAGCUUAGUGUUGGGAUAUCAGCAGUGCCCUACGCCUGAGUUGUUAUUCUAUAGAAUUUUUGCCCUGUUGUUAUAGUAUGUGUGUGCAUUCAUUUACAUUCAUGCUGCUUUUAUUCUUGCCUGGUCAGGGUUUGAGAAUCAUUAGGUACUCGUGUACUUGCGGUUACCGAAGACGAUGUUCAGAUUAACUUUACUGAAAUAAUACCGUGAAACCAAUAUUGAACAUUAAAAAGAUGCCAUCCUUUAAUUUUUAAACAUGCUAAUAGGCAGGUUUCAGUGACACUUGUGUAGAUCAGGUUUUCACAACUG